AUGACGGCACGGCGUCAACCUCAACCGGUCACGGUUCCAACGCUGAUCCUCCACGGAGAUCAGGACGAGAUCAGCCCUGUGGAGCAAGCCGUGUGCGCACACAAAGCUUGUAGCUCGGAGCGGAAGCUGGUACGGUACCCCAGGGCUGGGCACAACGACCUUCGACUGCUUUCCAAGCGGGAGUACUUCCAGGAGCUGGCCGCUCUUUGCACGAGGGUGGUCACCGGCAACCCCGAGGCUUUGGCGGAGCCCUCCGGCCAGACAUGGCUGGGCAUGAUCAGCGACUUCAUCAGCAACGGCUCGGCCCUGAAGUGCUUACCCGGCGUUCGGCGGUGCUUCGUCACCGAUCCCGAGAUGACAAGCUCGCCUCGCUGA